AUGUCUACGCCCUCGGUCCCCGAAAUGGAAGGCCUCACGGUCAAUGACAAGAACGAACCCAAACUCCUCCGAUCCUACACGCUCCGCUUUGUCGGCGACUGGGGCGGCGCCAACUUCCACCGGAUCUGCUCGUGGUUGACGCAGGAGUUCUGCGACCGCGCUGGGCCCGGGAGCCGGACGUUGAUUUGGAGUCUGCGCGACGGAGGGCUCGAUGCGCUGAAGCAGCUGCACGAAGGGGCCGCCGACUUGGCGAUCGCUACUCCCGCCGCGCUAUUGAAGAGGGCUCUUACGGGAGAAAGUCCCUUUCCGACGCCAAUGCCACACUUGCGCGCCUUAGGCGUACUUCCCCAGAACGACCGCAUGGUCCUCGCCCUGGACCCGAAGCACGGCGUCCGGACGUACGCGGAGCUUCGAGAGCGAAAGCCCGCCCUGCGGCUGGCGACCUCGGUCAACGACGGGACCAAUUUCAUCGGCUUCGUGGCUGAGGAAUUUCUGAACGCUCACGGCAUCUCCAAGGCCACCCUGGUGAACGAGUGGGGAGGAACCAUCCUGACCGCCCAGAGGCCCGAGCAAUGCGUGGCGCUGAUCGAGGAGGGUAAAGCAGACGCUCUCCUCCAAGAAGCUAUCAUGACGCCGUGGUGGAGCGGGCUGAUCGAGAGUGACAAACUUGUCCCGCUCCCCGCCGAGCGCGAGGCCUUGGAGGCCCUAUACCGGACUUUGGGCAUGCGGACGAACUCCCUCCCAGCCGGGUUCUGGAAGAACCUUACCCAGGAGCUGCCGGCGCUGGACUUCUCAGACUUCGUAAUAUUGGCCAGAGACGACAUGCCCAGAGAGGUGGCUUACCUUCUUGCGUGGUGCCUGGUUGAGACGAGGCACUUGAUUGAGGGACAGUACAAGCAUCUGGCGCCGGAGAAGAGUCCGUUGAGUUAUCCCCUCGAGCCCAAGAAGAUAGCACAGGCCCCCUUCCCUCUCCACGAUGGUGCGAAGGAAUUUUAUUCCAGGGCUGGCUACACAUUGUUCCCCGAAGCGUGUAAGAAGGGUUUUUAG